UUGGGGACCCCUGAUUUAGAUUAAACAUGGGGGAAUAUUCUAUAUAGACUGAGUCAGCUCCUUACCCAGAAUGGGCAGAUAUUUUUAAUGUUCCAAAUUGGUCCAAAUUAAGUUGGUCCUUUUUAGAGAUGUGAUCCAUAUCAAAUUAGAUCUGAAUGGAAUAGAUUCAUUUUCUGAGUUCAUUCAAAUGUUUUAAUCUAAUCUAAUCUAAGUCAAAUUGCACAUCUUUAAUUUACCUCCCCCUAUGGUUGUCCCUGCUCAGGAAGUCUUAAUAUUUCCAAAAGCAGUUGAAAAUGUUGGCAAGGCAAGUAUGUCCAUCUGUUCAGGAUUCUGCUGCUAUCUACUGUCCAAAUUCAAGUUGACCUCUUACUUGGUAUCUGGAUUUCAGAUCUAUAGAUUCUAUGACAGUCUCCCCUUUCCACCAUAAUGUGAUGGGAAAAUUGGGUGGUUUUAAAAUGGUGGGUUAAUUGCUAUCAAGUCCAAUUCCCUAUUGCUCAGUCAGAGUUUGGCAUCUUUAAAUGCUGUGGCUGUUGCCACCAAUACCGAAUAUUUGGGCUUAUAGUACUGGGGAGAGUAUAAGUAACUGGCAACGGGAAGAAAGGAAGGAGCACUGAAGACAAUGCCCCAUAUAGAUGGCCUUUGCUUUCUGUCUCUGGUGGGCAUGGGGCAAUUCUGUUUCCCAUCUGCCUAUUCUAAGACAAACAUAGUCCUCUCCAUGCUCUCUUUUUUCCUCAUAAUAACUUAAGAUAUAGUUGACUGAAAAUUGGUUGAUCACUGGCUUAUGGCUAACCAGUGGCUAAUGGGAAUUUGCACCCAGAUUUUUUUCUCUCCUGGUUCCAGAUUUCUAUCCAGCGUGCUAUAAUGACUCUUAAAACUAAUUUCCCUUAUCUGCAUAGCCAUGACAUGGAUGCUGUAUCAUAAUUCAACAGGAAGAGCACAGAAUGUGGGACAAGUCUUACUGUAUAUGUAGAAAACAGGACAAAGUAAAGCAACCUCUGGGGGCCCUGCAAAGCCCCCCAUCUGGAUGUGGGGGGCUCAACCUGGGCCCCCGAAGUGAGAUCCCUGGCUGUGCUGACUGUGGCGCAGUCAUGGGGGGUGCUGGUCCCCAUGUCCAUGACUGGAGAUCUGAACGGAUUGAACCCUGUGGCAUUAGCUGCAGCACACGGCAAAGCCCCCAGGUGACUUGUGAAACUCGCAUCCCUGCCACGGAGACUACCCCAGCUGCGGGAGUGAAUGUCGUAGUAGUAGUUGACGGGAACUGUAUCCUCCAAUAUACCCAUCGUCAGUCACCUUGUUCCUGCCUUUCUGAUGGGCAGCCUCUCUUGACCCGACGCCCUCCACCAACUUACGGUGCUAUACCCCCCAGUCCCAUUAUUCCCAGAGGCCCAGCUUGUGGCCAAGAAGCUGGACCGGCCCCAUCACGCAGGACCCGUGGACUCAGCGUCCGCUGUUGCACCAAAGCCUGCCUGGGCGAUGAAGAGGAACAUGCCGAGCGGCAUCUCCAUCGGGCGCCACCCUGCAGCCGCCUUACCCCUGUGCCCUUGCCCUGCAGCCCUUCUGGGCCCUGGUUUGGAGUAGGAUCCCUCAGUGGAGGCAGGCGAGGGGCUCGGGUUGUGAAGAUCUGGGACCGGCAGCGAUGCCCUUUGCUGGAAGAAGGAGAUGUCAUCGCCAAGGUGAAUGGGGCUGACGUCCGAGAUCUGAGCCCUGGAGAAGUGGAGAGUGUGUUGCAGGAGCGUAUGCGAACGGGAGAUGUGAUCCUUCUGGUGGAAAGGAAAGGUCACCACUCCCAUAGACAUCCUCAGGAAAACUGCUCGGUUAGACGAGAACAUUUCUUGCCCAACUCCACUCAUAAUAAAAGUGGUCCUCAGGAUCUUUCUAACCCGUGGGGAGGUCCCCCAGGUGACACAUUGACUGUGACCAGUUUUGUGGGUCCUGAACCUCGAAAUGUACUUGUGUGUCCUGCUCGUUGUUCCCAGAGGCUGAGGAGGCCUCGCCCAGCAGGAGGGGCUGGGGAACCCAGAAAUGUGGAUGGUCCGAAAGAACAGCAUGGAUGUAGCAUUGCACUAACAACCGAUGGAGUUGUAGCUGAAAGAGCUGCCAGUUCCCUGGGGCCCCAUCACAAAGAGAGUUCCUCUCAUCAGGAAGACACCGGUCUCUUAGCCCGGCUGACCCAUAGUGAGGUUGGGAGUGUCUUCCGGCAGGCGGGGACCCGAGUGCGCAUGAAAAUCCGGAAUCGCAAGGAGGCAGGAGUUUCCAGUGAUUUAAACUCUGCUGAUAUUGAAGUGGGGGAAUGUCCAUGGAGUCCCAGCUCUCACCUCACUCAGCCUCAGGAGUCUGGCCAAUAUUCCGUGGAACUGCUACGAGGGCCCAGUGGCUUCGGAUUCAGUCUAAGGGGCGGAAGUGAAUAUAAUAUGGACAUCUACGUCUUAGCUCUUAUGGAAGGUGGGCCAGCCCAGCAAUGUGGCAAGAUUCAGGUGAGCGACCAGCUGGUGGAAAUCAACGGGGAGUCCACAGCAGGAAUGACGCAUGCUCAGGCGGUGGAACAUAUCCGCAGUGGUGGGAGCCGAAUACGACUGGUGCUGAAGAGGGGCAAUGGAUUCAUUCCUGACUAUGAUCGUGUGUUCAGCCAGAGCUCCAUCAAGACGCAGCAGGUGCUGGAGGCUGAGGACAAAGCCAGGCACCGGCACAGGAAACCAAACCGGUCCCUGGUCCCCCAGAAUGUGGGACAGAACCUCGGCGAUGGAGAUGACAGAGAGGCAGCGCUCUGCAACAUCAGGCAGCAGCUCCCCAAACCCCACCAGUCUGGCCAAUUGCACCAGACCUCCAGCAAAGCUCAGGGAGAGGAAGAGGAGGACAGAGAACAGGGUUGGAGGCCUCAUAAGCAGGGAACGAAUGGGGAGAGUGACAAGCUACUUUCUCCCCGGCCUAGCAGGAAAUUGCGGUCAGACUUGGUCCCUGGGCCUUGGCUAGUACCCAGUAAGGAGCGACUGUCCCGGGCCCUCUGGGGGGUUUGUAUGGGCCAAGGAGAGGAAGAAGUACAAAAGGGCAACCCAGGGAGAGGGAAGGGCAUGGAGGUCAAGAGACGGAGUUAAGCCAAGCGACGUUGGGCUCAGUACAAUCAUGUUAAGAUCUACACAGUGCCUGGCAGCGAUUAGUGGCACUGGCCAUCUCCGUUUGGAUUAGGCCAUAUUCUCCUUUCCAGUGUUUGUUUUUGUUCAGAGUCUUCUCCUCCAUUCAUACUAUGCAAAGGUGUUUUUCAUUUUGCUCUCCCCAUCCCAUUUCCUCACAACCACACUAUGCAAUGAUAGCUUUCAGAAGCCACUUUGUGCAGUUCUCCUGGAAUUGGGCCACGGAAUUUUCUAUUCUCUGGCCGCCAUUCCCUUUUCCCAAGAACUGUGAUAGUGUUUCCAUGGCUACAAUUGGCAACCAUUUGCGGCCUGCAGCUUUCUGAUGCAGUGCUUUUGAAACAACAUUGGUAGAAACCCUGGGCUCCUGAGGUCCAUCAGGUGUUUCUCCAAUGAGGAGACCGCUAUUAGCAGGUGAGUUACCUGCGGAGCAGUUUAGUGCUCAUUUUGUUCUGCCCAAGGUAGAUUUUGGAACGUCUGCAGAAUAUUCUGCAGCCUACAGGGAUUCCAAGGUCCAGUUCAGUGAAUUUGCAUGGAGUUGGGCUUAAGAGUUACUCUAUCCUACAAACAUGCCCUAGGUUCACCUGUAACAGCCUUCUGGAGGGAAACUGAAUAGGUGGGUAUCCCAAAGAUGCUUUUUCACGAGGCAACUGGACUUUCUUGCUUUUCUUUGAAGUAGGUGGGUAUUUUGUUACGAAUUCUGCUGUUGCAUAUUAAGUUUCCACUGAUUAAUCAUUUUCUGAUUUCUCAGGAAGUCUGUGGAGCAGCCUUACCUAGCCUGGUAUUUUCCAAAUGUGCCGGAACAUGAGAAUUCCUAAUGGUGGGGAGUACAAAACUUUAAACAUCUAGCGGGCACCAAUAAAGGAAGGCUGUUCAGGUGUCCUUCCCUCCCUCUCUUACCUUUCAUGACCAUGCAGUAGAGGGAUUGCUGCCGCUGCCACCACCAUCCACCCACCCACCCUCUCUCCAUCCGAUAGAGCACAAUGACUCUUUUUCCUGCAGUGGCCUGCAAUGCUCUUUGUCCGUUCUGCUCCCCUGGUCACUCAAGCUGUGAACUACAUAGGCUGGGGUAACUUUUUCUCCUCAGCCACCCAGAAGGCAGUUACGUUCUCUACUCUGCUAGAGACAGCCAUAGCCAAUGAAUGAGCAUGAAACCACCUGUGUGCAUAAAGUGAACUUUGUGUGUUGGAGGGGAUUCCUAUCAGCCUGUGCCCCUCUGGUUCGAUUGCCAGCCAGCAGGCAGUUUCAGCAUGCCUCAGCCAGUCGCAGGUGCACCAUGGGCCUAUUAGUCAGCACGGUUUGUUUGGUUUCUGUGUUGUGCGUUUCCAUGCUGAAAAAGCAUAGCAGGUGUGGAGUUUCUCUUGGCAAAGGAUUGUGGCAAGAGGAAGUUAGAUAAAUCAUCUCUAACAUCUCCCGAACAGGAAGUGCAGUGUCAGUAAAAGCAAGAGAGAAAAAAAAUUGAUCUGAACUACUUGAUUGACAAUCCGUUGCUUCUCAUCAGCUCCAUUGUUCACCACUCAGUUCCUUCCCUUGAGGUAGAAGACUCAUCACAGCAUACUGGGGAGGUUGGAUGUUGGCCCAAGCUUUAGACAUGCAGGCAUACAAUUUUGCCUUGUGCUCUCUCUCUCUCUCUCCCGGGACGUGGGAGAUAUCAUGUGCAUUGCAUGUAGCGUGCAAACAUGAUCCAAUGUGAAAUGUGCAUGUAUCUGCAAGAUGCAUCUAGAUGAACAUUUGGCUGGGCUUGUGCUUCACAAAGUUCAGGAAUCACUCAUGGGUACAUGCAGAUCCAUGUUGCUUUGCAUGCCAAAGCCAUGAUGCAUCUAAGAACACAAUUGAAUUGCAUACAGAAGGCACACCAUGCAAGGUUUCAGAAGCUAGCUAUCAUGCAAUGCUGCCACCCACAUUUCCUGUGCAAAGAAAUGCUAGAUUACAAAUCUGGAUGGAAACCACAUCCCUCAAGCCCAGUAGGGUCUGGUUCUGUAGUGCAUUUGCAGAAAUUGGCUGUUUUAGUGAAUGACGAGUCUGAAAUUCACCCACAGAGUCAAGUAACAAACAACAUGGGCUUGGUGGCCUAUCCUUAGAAGAUCUUCUGGAAUGAAACACUGAAGCUGGUUCUUCUGCUGGUUGUAGACACACAAGUGACUUGACAGGGUCAAACAGGGUCAGGGUUUCUAACUUUGCAGGUGCCUUUUUGGCUUUUUAACUGGCGAUGGAAAGACAGUAAGGAAGCAGCUUUAGUGCAGUGCAGUUAUGGAAAGCAAAUUAUUUUUUAAAAGUAAAUCUUAUAAUAAUUAUUAUACAUUAAAAACAUUCUGAUUUUUAAAA